UGUUGUUCCAUUACUAACCACAAAACAAGUGUAUUGGAAAGGAUUUUUUGAAGAGUUGUUUGGUACAUAAAAGGAAAUACAAACAGCAAUCGUCUUUCUGAGAAGAACGAAGUCGGAGUGUGAUCCCGCGAGUCGCUGCUAAACUCGAUUGCUCCCCAGUCAGUGAUGUUACGGAGAUACACUCUCCCGAUACUUUUACACGAAAUAUGUACGCUGGAAAAGCGGUGUGCAAGGUACAAAGUACAGCACCUAUCAAAGUAAUGACAUUCCGUUGUACGUCGUUUGUGACAGCAGAGGAAGGAACAAGUGCAGCAGUAGAAGAUGCACCCUCAGCGGAAAUUGAAACAGAGUCGUCAGAGUUUACCAAGCAGGAACUGAGUAAAUCUGAGCGACCAGACCUUUCUUCAGCUAGAGUCGUUUCUGGUGGUCGAGCAUUGAAGCUCAUCUAUGAUCUUGCCGACAAACUUGAUGCCGGCGUUGGAGCAUCAAGAGCUGCCGUAGACUCUGGUUAUGUGCAUAAUGACAUGCAAGUUGGACAGACUGGAAAAAUUAUUGCACCGGAAUUUUAUAUCGCUAUUGCUAUCUCUGGUGCUAUACAGCAUUUAGCUGGAAUGAAGGACAGCAAGGUGUCUGAUUUUGGUUUGAAGGCAGAUCUAUUCAAGGCCGUUCCAGAGAUGAUUGCAGCUUUAUGA